AGUGAAAAGUCAAAUAAACACAUUAUUGUGUAGGGGUAGAAUUAUACAAAUCAACCAAUAUUCGUUUUAGUACAAUAUAAACGAAAGUGAGUCGUUUGAGUGAGUUCUGGGUCCAUAAAAUAGCAUCAACCUGCGCACGUUGGAGCGUCAUACGUGUCCCAACUCUCUCGUUUCAUGUUGCCAACGAUACUUCAAGAUGACAGCUGGGCAUUUGUUUUGUCAAUGUUAAUAGAAUCAUGGAAAUAGUAUUUCAAUGAAAUAUUCGACAAAUGGAAGAUCAAACAAGUGGUGAGGCAGUUGCUACCCAAUUGGCUGAUUUUAAAAUGACAGCAAGGACCUAUUACACUCUAGCCGUGGAGAAAGUGAGAGAUGUUGUGUCAUCCCUUCCUGAUGACGUAAGGCCAGGUCCUGACCUGUAUGGACUUCCAUGGGAAGCUGUCAUCAUCACUACGUUACUUGGGUUGGGCACCCUCCUAUUGUUCACCUGCAGGUUCUACCAAUGUAUAAAGAGCAGACUAUAUUCUGGCAAAGAGAGGCGGAUGGGCCUGAAGGUGGCUCAACUAUUAGAUGAAAAGUGCAAAGUACUUAAGACUUUGAGUGAGGUUCAACAAAAAUAUGAAAAACUGGAAUCUGCCCUGCGGAAUAGUGGCGUUUUGGCUCACGCCGCAGAGAGGGAGAAUCUGGAGGUGAUGUUCCAGAGGCUGAAACAGUCAAAUACACAGCUUGGAGAUGAUAUAAAAAGGUUAAAGGAGGACCUACAUAUCCAGAGAGCGAGGAGGUUGCAGCAGGAGGAGACGAUUGCAGAUAUGCAGGAAACCCUGAAAACUGUAGAAGAAGAAACCAGGGACCUCAAGUCCCAGACAGAACAGGCACAGACAACCCUAAAAAUAUAUGACAUGAACAGUGAGAGGAAUCAGAAUAAUCUGGAGGCAGCAAAAGAAGAGAAGGCCUUGCUCCAGGAGAAAAAUGCACAGCUGGUCCAGGAAGCAGAGGACUGGGGGGAACGGAUGAGUGAACUGGAGGAGGAGAUGAGGAUGUGUGAGAGCUCCUACACUGGAAUGGUGCAGGAUGCUGCCACCAAAGACGAGAGCAUCAAGUCCCUGACAGACUGCCUGUUGAAGAUAAAGGACUGGGACUCAGUGCUGGAGGACGGAGCCAACGGAGAGGAGAGAAAUGGGGCACGAGGGGUGGAAAAUAGAGAGGGGCCAGAUAACCAUCAACGACAAAGAAUACAGCAACUCAUUCAUGCAGCCAAGAUGAAUGCAGACUUGAAGUCGGUGGAUGAAGACAAGGACAGGGUGUUUGCCAAGCUAGCAGAUGAAGUCAAGGCCAUGGAGGAUCUCCAAGAGGGGAUUAAGAAACUUGAGAAUGAGAAGGACUCUCUGCAGACCGAGAGUGAGAAGUACACGGGCCAGGUGCAGAAACUACAACAGAAACUGCAGAUCAUGACGGAGAUGUACCAGGAGAAUGAGCUCAAACUACACAGGAUGCUGACGGUGGAGGAGAGGGAGCGUCUGCAGAAGGAGGAAAAGCUGACCAAGGCUGACAGGAGUAUCAGCCUGGCCGUGGAGGAGCUCAGCAGCUACAGGCAAAGAGCACAAGACCUGGAGGAUGAGCUGGAGAAGACCAACCAGGCCUACAAGAUCCAGAUAACCUCCCAGGAAAAGAAGGCACACAAUAACUGGCUAGCAGCACGAGCUGCUGACCGUGACCUGGCUGACAUUAAAAGAGAGAAUUCACACCUCAGGCAAAAAUUGACUGAUACUCAAUUCAAGCUAGAUCUGGUGGAGAAAGACCCCUAUGCUCUGGACAACAUGGGCAGACCUCCAUUCAGAGGUGAAAGGUCACCAUAUGGCCCCUCCCCCCUGGGUCACCCUGCCUCCGAGAACAGAACCUUCCUGUCUCCGCCCACCCUGAUGGAUGGCCCGCCACACCUCUCUCCAAACUUCCCUCCCAUGGCACCGGGAGGCAGAGUAUCCCGAGGCCUAGUAGAUCCCACCGGUGGGGUGGACUCUGAUCGGAGUGGUGGUCCUCACUCUGACAGUGGCUCGCUAUCUCCCACCUGGGAGAGGGAUCGCAGGGGCCCACCUAUACCCCCUCCAGGGUAUAUGUAUCCAGACCCAGGCCUUCCCUACAGGAGACCCCUGCCUGGAGCCUUUCCCCUUGGGCCUAUGGGCCCUCCCCCACCCAGAGGCCCUGGUCCUGCUGAGCCCCACAGCUUUGGGCCCCACCCUGGAGAUCAAUCUGACUCAACAUUUAUGGAAAACAGCAUGGGCCCUGGUGAAAAUGAAAGGGAUUCCCACAUGUCAGCACCUGGAGAUCUGAGGAUGGGGCCUCCUCCCUUAGGACCCCCUGGUAUGGGUCCCCUCCCCCCCAUGGACCCUUACUUUGCACGCAGAGGCCCCCCAGGCCCUUACGGACCCCCAGACUUCUUCCCCCCACGAGGUCCAGCAGGGCCACCCAUGGGCAUGCGAGGACCACCUCCCCCGGGAAUGUUUGGGCGAUUUCCACCUCUGCUGCAUAUGGGCUACGCUCCCAUGAGGCCCCACCCAGACAGUUUUCCCCCUGGACCCCCUCCAAGGCCCUCCCCACCAGACAGCGAACAGCCUCCUGACCAGUCCCCUUCUCCACACGAUGUCAUCUGAGCCAUCUCUCCUCCUCCCUAUGAGGGAGAAACUCUCUCUCCGCCUGCUUCCUGUGUGGCACUUCACUUCCUGUUGUGCUGGUAGUGAGCGACUUAGGGUAUGCUUAAAGGAUUGUUUCAUGAAGUGUAACCAAUUGUCAUUUGACUGUCUUUCCCUUUUUUAGAGGCCGACAGUGGAAUUGUUUCCCCACUGUCUCGCACACACACACAAAUUGAUUAGUGGCUUAUUAGGACUGUUGAGAGAAUACAAUACCACCAUGAACUGGAACUACUGAGUGAUCACUGUUGCUAUGUGUUGAAUGCAGUGUCUUUUUGAAGAAGUUCCAUAGUUAUGUGAAUCUGCUGAUGGUGAACUGCCUGUGAGACUGCCUUUUUCUGAGUUGUGACUUGGGCAAAUUUGAGAAGGCUGUGUUUUCUUGCAAUGUCAAAGCCUUUUUCAUUUUACUUUGAAAUAAGCCCCUAAUUUCUCCCUUGCAUUCUUGCCAUGUGUAUAUAUUGUGAGAAGGGAAGUGUGUGUAUACCACCCUUAGUCCAUUCACAUUUUCUGUCAAUUGACCUGAAAGAUGUUCAUUACUUUUUCGCUGGGAGUUCUUGACCGUCCAUAGUUUGAUCAUUAAAUGUCAAGAAAUUACAGUAGUGUUAGCCUUGAGGGAAUAUGAGAUAUUGUGAAAGUCUAAUAAAUUAUGCUCAAGUGUUUAGUUGUCUUACAUUUUCAUAGAUCAAAUGAUUUAGGGGAUAAGGAUGGAAUCACAAAUUAUAGAAUAAAUGAAUGGCAGCUCA